GGCUGGAGGGCGCGGCGCUGGUGGCGCGGAUGGAUGGGCACUACCGUCCCGGCCAGUUCAUGGCGUUGCUGCUGUGCUUGGGCAUGACAGCGGCGCUGGCCUUGGGCUGCCUGCACUGCGACCCCAAUUUCUCGAAGAAGUUCUCCUUCUACCGCCACCACGUGAACCUCAAGUCCUGGUGGGUUGGUGACAUCCCCGUGUCGGGAGUGCUGCUCACCGAGUGGAGCCAGAACACGAUGAAGGAACUACACCUGGCCAUCCCCGCAGAGAUCACCCGGGAGAAGCUGGAUCAAGUGGCAGGAGCCGUGUACCAGAGGAUGGACCAGCUGUACCAGGGCAAGAUGUACUUCCCAGGGUAUUUCCCCAAUGAGCUGCGAGCCAUCUUUCGGGAGCAAGUGCGCCUCAUCCAGAACGCCAUCAUAGAGAGCCGCAUCGACUGUCAGCGUCACUGUGGCAUCUUCCAGUAUGAGACCAUCUCCUGCGUCAACUGCACAGACUCACAUGUUGUCUGCUUUGGUUACUACUGCAAGUCAUCAACACAGUGGCAGUCAGCUGUGCAGGGUCUUCUAAGUUACAUAAAUACCUGGCACAAUCAGGAUACAAGCACGAGAACCACCCCAGCCUUCCUUUCACCAAGUAUAAGGUGUCUGGAAGUACAGCACUUGGUGAACCUGACUUUGGAAAACGUCUCUGAGUGUCUGACCCAGCAUUGAUGGCGCUUCUCAGCCCCAGUAUUAGUGGGGGCCAGGACUCAGCUACACUGUUGCCUGUUCCUCCAGGAGAGGCCAGCUGCUACCUGCCUCUGGUCACCCCAUGGAGCCCAGACUGGGCUGGGGCUGGGGAAGCAGGGAGAUGGGCCUGUGUAUAGAUGGCGGGACCCCUGGGCAGGGCCCCCAGAGAUAUUUUGAUUAAAGUGUCCUGACAUUUCUCAUGAUGAACAAUUCUUUUCUGCCAGAUCUGGCUGGGUAUUUGACGUAGCUGGAGGCAUGGGCUUUUCCUGAACAUGUGUGGGUGUGGAGUCCUGAUCUACUCACAGGGAGGGAGGGAUCCAACAGCUUGGCUGGCAUCUGCAGCAUCUUCCUCAGGGUCCAGGGACUCAAUGAUUUAUUCCAGUCCUUUUGAGUUCUUAUGGGUUGAUUUGCAGAGGGGCUGUUCUGUUCUUGUUGACGCAGGAGUGUGCCACAUAGCAGAAGCCCUUACAUUCUCCCUGCCUCCAUUUCCUUAUUGCUGCGAUGACAGGUGUGCAACCUGGCUUAUGUUAAUGGAGCCCAGUCCUGCCCCUCCACUGCUUUGAGAUUAAAGUCUGCCUGUAGCCCAGGCUCACCUUUGACCUAUUACCUCAGCCUCAGGGUGGGAUGCACAGUGGGGUGAAAGCUGGGCCAGAUUACUGUCUGGGAUUUCAUCAUGGAAGACCCAGGUCAGAAGAGACAGGUGGGCCACACUCCUCAGAGCACCUGGCAGCAGGUGACCAGAGCCCAGCUGGCUGUCUAGGCUGAGAAAUGGCUGAGUAGGGCUGGCUGUCUGGGCUGGGAGAUGACUGAUGCAGGAGACUCAGGGACUUCUGCCUCUACCUGGUUUCUGGUUUCCUUAUUGUCUUCAGAGUCUCCUGGCCCCAGUGAUGGGCGCACAUCUCUAUGUACGUCCCUACAGUUUUUGCUCCUAGGAGCAGCUGCAAGUUAGCCGGGUGGCUGCAUUUUACAAGAAAUACCAAGUGGUAGCAUCUAAAGUCCGUCCUUCCUCCUAAGGGACCAGGACACAGAGCCAGGGACACUGGAUGUUUUGUUGGGAGCUCAAGCCGCACUCUUGCCAGUCACCACUCUGUACACUUAGUGACUGCUGACCAUAUUGCUUCUGGGUCCUGGGCAGGGUUGGCAGGAUGCUUAGAGCAGCAGAGUGUUGUGUCUCAGAGGCCUGGGUUUGAAAUUUAAGCUGUUGACAGGGCUCAGAGUCUGCUGGAUGACAAAGCUGACUUCUUUGCUUGUCCCCACACAAGGUGGCAGUGAGCAGCUGAGAUGGACCAAAUGUUUUUUAAAACCCAAGAUCCUGUUUCCACCUCACAACCUCAUGAGUUUGGUAAGAAAGGGGCCUUGGGGACUGGCAAAGUCAAGAGUCCUGGUUGACUUGGAGAGGCCCUGGCAUUUCAGUGUGGGAUGGCAUGCGAUCCACCUGGAGCUGCAGUGCCAGGAAACAGGAUGUGCACAUGCUACA